AUGGUGGAUCGGGAGUCCCUGGAUUCUGUUUUGAAUGCGCCAGAUCCGGAUCGCUGUGAGACAUCGUUUGUUCGCUUGGUUUAUGGAGAAUGGGAGCCGGGGGUGCUGGAUGAGGAGGAGUUGGAGGCUUUUGAGCCUCUGGAGGGGUGUACGCUUGGGGAUGUUGGGUUGAUGAGAGUGCCGUAUGGUGAAGCCGAGUUUACUGGUUUCGUGUAUAUGCGCAAUGCCGAUGUCUGGGAUCUGUUUUAUUCUCGACCUCCAAGGAUCCAGUCCCUAGCUGCUUUCUGA